AUGACCAUUAUAGCUCACGUGCAGACAGAAUGGAACCAGACUGACCUAUCCUGGAACAAGACAGACUACGACAACAUGGACGCCGUUCUCUUGGAGUCGUCUGCUAUUUGGACACCAGCGAUAUUCGUCAUAAUAGGAAGCAAAGAAUCUCUUUCUUUCCAGCUGAACGACGAGUUGAUAGUGACAUCAAACGGGAAUGUUAAGUCCAUGAUCCAGCGAUAUAUAACAUUUCAAUGCCAAAUUGAUUUCCACAAAUAUCCUUUCGAUACACAAACUUGCAGCUUUGGCUUUUAUAAACAGGAUCUUUAUAUUUUCGGUUCAACGCUGAAGGCUAAUUGUGAGGUUAAUCACGUGCCGGCCAAUGACUACUCUAUUCAAGGCGAGUGGCAGCUAACGGGCCUCUACUGCCACAUGAGGCGUGACGUGAACAAUGCGACAUACUACUUAUACCAGGUGGUGGUCAAACGCCGUUCUGUGUACUACGUCAUCACUGUGGUGUUCCCCAUGGUUCUGACGUCAGUGAUGAUCCCGCUGGUGUUUCUGAUCCCGACAAAAACCGGAGAGAAGAUUUCCUACCUGGUGACCAUGUUCACAUCCACAGCAAUAUUUCUAAGCUACAUCAGGUAA